UUCAAAAGACGUACACCUUCCAGCUGAAGGACAACGAGGCACCAGAUGAGGAUAAAUCAGUCUCCAUACGAGCCUAUGUGCGGAGGGCCAGUGAAGAAGAGUGUAACUGCACCUAUGUAAUAGAUUCUUCCAGCUUUAAAAUAGACAAUAUGACUGGAGAGUUGAGACAAAGGGUGGAAGUAGACCGCGAAGAGACAGGCAGCCGGUUUUAUGUGACAGUGAAGGCGACAGACCGACACAGCCUUCUCUACAGGACAACAGAUGUUGAAGUGAUAGUUGAAGACGUCAACGACAACCUUCCCUACUUCAACAUCACGCAGCAGAAGUUCAUCGUAAAUCAGAGUGUUCCGAUUGGGUAUAUGAUAGGAAGUGUGACGUCGUUGGACCCUGACCUGGACAGUCAGCCCAGAUACACCACCAUUCCAAGGGAUGAGGCAGUCCAACUGCUGAGUAAUGGAACUCUAAAAGUGAAAGCUUCUCUGCUGAACUACACUGACGUUCGUAUGGUUGUCAGUGUUAAAGAGGAUAACUUUGAAGGAUCUGUCAACAAUUCGCUACAAACUAUCACACAGGUCUUCAUAGAGGUGCGACCAGACGAUUACAACGAACAUGCUCCCAAAUUUCCAAAAGCGAUGUAUAACUCCUCGAUGAAUUUCCAAUCUGAAAAGGGUGCCAAAGUUCCGAUUGAGGACUUCACAGCAACGGACGCUGAUGGAGACAAUAUCACAUACGCCAUACAAACAAGAAAUGAUAGGGAUAAUCUCAAGAUCGACAGCGAGACUGGGACAUUAUCUGUUGACAUUAAAUUUGAUGACACAGUGCCCGAACUCUUAACAUUAGUCAUAGUCGCGAUUGACAAAAGUCCUUAUCCGAAGACUGGAUCGUGUACAGUCUCGAUAACCCUAGUGCAUUAUACACAAACAGAAUGUCUUGCUGAACACGAAUACUUAAGACUACAACAGGACAGAAAACAGAGAGAGCUAUACCUCGGGUUAUUCAUAGCCAUGGCAGUGCUCCUUGGACUGAUCAGCAUUGUUGCAGUGUUCGCGUGUUACAAGUGGAGGACAGUAAGACGCGGAACACAAUAUCGGAAAAAUAUCGAGACAGCUCAUGCUAAAGGGGGAAAAGAUUCAGCAGAAGGUGGAUAUGACUCCCUGGCCGCGAAAGAAGAAGAUAAGCCUUACAACCAACUCAGAGACAAAGACUUCUCAGCAGGCGUUCCAAACCCGGCAUAUGUGUCUUCAGGUUCAAGAGCUCCAUGCACCCCGCCAGCAGAGCCUCAUCCUGACGAGCAUCAGUCAAGUGAAAUCCUCAUGUGAAGAGCCCCUCCAUCCACUGUCAGUGAAAUGUGACCAUACACAAGAAGUGCAAGCGUAAUACUUGAACAUUUAAAGCAUGAAUUAUUCAUGCCCCCAAACACCUUUUAAAACUGUGAUAUUUCUGCAUAUGAGAAACACUGUUAAAGGGCAGGUGUAAUGAGUUAAUCUGGAUCGAAAUUAAUUAUCGAUAUGUUUAAUUACAAUAGCAUUGAAUAUGCCUUAUAUGUGUAUGUGCUUUCUUCUUUUCACAUGUUCCUCUUGUGGUAAGAGGUGACUAACGGGAUCUGGUGGUCAGAAUCGCGGACGUGGUUGACACAUGUCAUCGUAUCCCAGUAGCGUAGAUCGAUGUUCAAGCUGUUGAUUACUGGAUGGUCUGGUCAAGACUCGAUUAUUUACAGACCGCCGCCAUAUAGCUGGAAUAUUGCUCAGUGCGGCGUAUAACUGAACUCACUCACAUGUUCCGAUGUCUUGUCAUAGUUUCGGGAGUUUUAGUGUCUGCAGUAAAUAGUCUCUGGGUGUUUAGUUUCUGCAGUAAUAAUAAUCUUGUUUUAACACUCUUGAAAUGUCUUAGUCGUAACAACUGUCCUAUGUAUAGAAAUAUUAAGACUUUGCUGGAACCGGUUAUCGUGCCAGUUUGAAUACAACUAUCAGUAGGUUUAUUGUUUGCAGUUAUUAACCUUGUAUUUAACACUCUUGCAACGUCUUAGUCACGACAACUGUAGCUUUUAUAGAACUUUGAAGUCACCGUUUCCUUUUUGUUUGGACGGGAAGGUUUUAGAACAAGUGUUCUGAUAGUCGGGUAUCAUCUUGUUGACGUUCACAUUUGUAUAUUUAAUACGCACCCCAUUGUUAUAGAAUAGACUCGUCAGUGGCUCUUCACAGUUUUCAGUCUCAUUAUCAACUGUAUAUACUGUAACUUAGGUCAAUGUUUAAACAUUGAAAAUAUGUAUCACUUAUAAUUCUUGUUUUAUAAUAUUGAAUAAAAUAUAUUUUUAGUUAAAAA